AUGGGCAGCAAAGGCCUUCCCCGGUCUCGGAUCCUCCUGAACCUCGCCUUGAGCUCCUGCGAGAAAGGCGCCGCGUCCGGCUACGAGUGCUGGAGGAUGGUUCUGACCCUCUUGAGCUUGUUGAUCUCCUCCGCCUUGCCGAACGAUGUGACCUACAACGCCACGCUGAGCGCCUGCGAGAAGAGCAAGCAGUGGAGAGCCAGCGCCGAGCUCUUGGAGCAGAUGGCGUUCUCAGGCAUUCGCAUAGAUGUCAUCAGCAUGGAUGCUGCUGUCACCUCGUGCGACCUCAGCGUACCGCUCUGGCGCAGGGCCUUGUCCUAUCUCCGCCGCUUCGGGCACGACGCUCGUCUUCAGCCCAGCAGCAUCACGCUCAACGCGGCGUUGAGCGUGUGCCGCCAGCGGUGGCCAGUGGUCUUGGCGCUCCUGGACGAUGUGGGACGACAGGUACCAAAGGAUUCCUGCACCCUUCCUUUGCUUCUCGGUGCAUGUGAGUCUCAUGUGACCUGGCGCGCCUCCCUGGAGUUCUUGACAGAGCCGGAGGACCGAGGGAGACAAACGCUCUCGGGAGAGGACACGCGAGGAUCCCACGUGGAUUUGGCUGCUCACGCGCUCGGCACAAGCACAGCCGAGGACACCACGGAUCGACGACCUGAGCUUCCUAUGGGAGAUCACAUUCUAGGUUGGGCGCUGCUGGUCUUCCUGCUGUGGAUCGUAUGCUGGACCGGGAUGUCGGAGGGCCGAGGCUCGCAUCCGCAUGCGUCCGCACCGAGCAGCCUCUGCCAGGAUGGCGAUCCUCUUCUUCGCUUGGGCGCUGGCCAAGCGGAAGCAGAGCUAACUUCGCCUCUGCGGCAGGAACCACGGCUGCUCAGCGGAGGGGGUUUGGUGGAUCUGGAGGGAAAUCAACUUCAUCCAGGUUCCAUCAGGUCAUUCCCCGAGGAGUUGACGGAGAAGGGCGAAACAAAGGCAAGGUAUGUCUUCCGGCCGCUGGAUCACUUCCUCUUCACGAAAGACCGCUACACCUCGCGCUUCAGUGCCUUGAGCCCGUUGGCCGCCUACUUCUCGGCGGCCCGGACCGCCUUAAACGGCCAUGCCUGGUAUCCAUAUCCGGUUUGCCCUGCAUGGACGGUGGGUCCAUACUGUAGCAAAUGCCCUGGGAACGCGGCCUUUUGGUGCGUGGAAUGCAACGCCCGGUUCUGCCCGGCGUGCGCGGCACGGUUUCAUCAUCCUGGACUCUACACUGAACAUCACUCCUUAGAGCCCAUCAAGAAAGAGAAGCAGCCGCGCUUGGCUGCCUUGCUCAUGAGCAACUUCUUAGCAUCUCAGCAGUAUGCGAUGAUUCCCAUUCAACCAUGGGAAGUUCACUCCUUCAGGUCCUCCACCGACAUGUGCCCGGUGAUGAGCACCGCGCGGGUGUUGGCGACGCGGGUCGAUUCGAAACUCUUCUACUAUUACAAGGCAGACCUUGCCAAGUAUUGCAACAUGGAGGACUCCUUCUACAAGUUUUUCUUGGAUGGUUGGGUGCGUGGUGUGGUCACCGCAUCUGACGACACGCUGCUGGUGUUGACUUCCGCGGGGCCCGCGUACAUCAUGACCACGGUGCUGUCCAUCUUUUUGGUGCCCGUGGUGGCCGCCUGCUAUGGCGCCUUGAUGGGCGUGGCCCAUGCCAUCGACAGUCACCUGCCUCAGUCGCAGGGCCUCGCAGAUGCGGAGGAAUGGCUUCAGAGGCGGAAGGGCUCCGACGGUGGGGGCGAGGUCUCCGAGCAAACAACACCGCCUCCGCAAUGUUGCAUGGCCAGCGGCAGCGAGCCACCCUCAGACUUCUAUGACAAAAUGAAGUACAAUAAGAACCGCAGGUGUCCCUUCGACCUGGCCUAUCUGCUGCGGGUGCUGUGUAGCUUCCUGGGAUUCGGCAAAACCAUUGAAGAGCACCAGACCUGGUUCAGCACACCAGUCGCAGGGAUGCUCUUCAGCGACGCCUUCAGUGUGUCGCUGCUGCGGAACCUCAACGCUGCGACCUCCGCCAUCCUAGCCUUGUUGCCCUUUGCCGAUGGCGUGAGUAACGCGAUCAUUUUCCUGUUCUUAAGCGUUCUUGCGGUGAUCGUGGGCUUCCUGAUCUUCCUGUACCUGAUCACCGAGCAACAGCGUGAGUACUACAGCAAAUGGACCGACGAGAGUGUGCAGCAGAAGACAGUGGGCUGCUGUGCCCGCGAGAGCUGCAAAUGCGAAUCGAUUCAAUUCUUCACCGAGAAAGCUGUACAGGAGUGA